CCCGACAACAUGCUAGUGUACUCCAGGCUCGUCCGUGCUCUGGUCUUCGUGCUGCAGAUAGUCUUAGUAUCUUCCCAGGACUAUGAUGUUUCGGAGAUCCAGUGCACCUUCAGUGGGGAGGAGGCUCGCCGCCAGGGCAAGCUGCUCCAGGUUAGGGACUCCAUCACUGCUAAGCUACGGAAACCUGAGGGGUUCAAAGGGUCUCCGCUGUUUGCCGACGACCGCGGGAUAGAUCCACUGCUGGAUGCGGAGUGCCAGAUCAAGCCCGACCCUGAGGACUUGACGGGGCUAGCCUACACUCUUCUGGUGACCAACUUUGGUCGCUGUGGGGUUCUAAAGAGGAACGGAUUUGUCCAUGUGAGGGUUUGGUUCCCACAAUUCCCCGGUGUGGUGAUGAUGUCAGACCAGGAGCUGAUCAUCAUGUGCAAGCCGCCGGAGCCCACUAUCAUCGAGAAUAAGGCGGCAGGCUUCGCCGGGAGCUUUCCACACGGAGCAAGAGUAUCUGGAGUUGUGGAAGAGACUCCAGGCAGACUGGAAUAUGAAGUGGCGCUCUAUAAAGAGGCUCCAGCACGGAAAGCCAACUCCAGCAGUGAACUGCCGGUUGACCAGGCAGUGCCGAUCGGUACCAAGCUUCAGCUCCGGGCAAGGAUAAACCCUCAGUCAGCCUGGAAGCACGUAAAGCUAAUGGAGGUGACGGUAUCUCCAGACCCUGACAACCCCCAUGUCAUGGGUAGUGUCGCUCUUGUCAAAGGAGGUUGCAGAAACCGUGAUUUCAUAGCCAUCAUCCCUCACCAGCCGGCUCGAUACAGGGACCGUCAUAACGAGGUGUUUCUAGACUUCGAAGCCUUUCUACUGAGCACGAUGAAGGAGCGAUCCACACUCUGGAUACACUCCCAGAUAAAGGCCUGCAUGGACGCCUCGGAUUGUCAGCCGGAGUACUGUCUCGACUUGUUCGAGCCUUCGGGUCAAGGACGCAAGAGGAGAGCUGUGGACGUGAACAUGCCCAGCGGCAUCCCUUCCUCCCAUCUCCGGAACAACACCCAGUACACCAAGUUCCAGGAGAAUAUCGAGUACACAGUACUCAUGCCUGGCGAUCUGUACCACCACACAGUGGCGAUGGAGAACUCUUGCAGCACAUUCCUGGUGAUCUCUGGCGCCCUCGGUUGUCUCCUCUUCGUGUCAGCCUUCCUCAUGUGUUACCUGGCGUCUCGGCUUCAGUCAGCGCUUGCCGCGGCAGGUCACAGUCUGUCGAUAGACGCGAUGGUGCGUGAACAUUCUCGCAAGCACUCGUUCGGUUCCGAGACCAUGACAUACACUGGGAGAUCCAUACUACAGUAAACACUGGGAUGGUGGCAGAACGACGAUACUGGACGACCUGGAAGACUGUGCAGUUGAGAAUACUCUACUCUGUCUUGGUAAAUCAAAAAGUAUCAAUAACCGAUAAAAUCGUCCAUAAGGCUCAAUUUCUGCAAAGAUCUAUAACUACGCCUCAAUAGCUAAGGAAUUCUCUUCAAGCCGUAAGGAAAAGAUAUAUUGAACAUUUUCAUAGUUAGGUAUACGUUACAACAUCAAAAACAACAUGCAGCAAUAAAUUAAUAAUCGGGAUAAACAAAAAGGAUAUUUUCAUUAUAUAUUUUGUACCCCUUCGUUGAAAGUAGGGCCUAUAAUGAAAACAUAACUAAGUAAGACGGUUCUAACAAUGCGACCUCUUCUAAACCAUCUCACCGAGUGUCUAUCGUAUUUUUGUUCUGCCAUCAAAACUAACUAAGGUACUGGUAUUUUUCUGAGAUCUGAUGUUUAUAUAUCUAAAUGUAUCACAGCAAACCAAUAUUAACAAAUAGCCAAUAUUAAAUUUACAAUUCACUAUAAAAAAAGUUUUGGGUCUUUGAUUUGCAAUCUGGAUAAGUUAAGAAUCAUAUCAUUUUUGAAGUACAAUAUCUUUGUAGGGUCCAAUAAGUGGAAUUGAUAUUUUAUUUCCAGACUGGAAUUCAAAACAUGUCAUAAAUAAAAGCAUAUUAUAUCAUAAAAUAGGAACAUUACUGCUCCAAAAACAGAGCCUUGUGGAUGGUUUCUGUGAUUUCUGCUUCUAAUUUUCCAAUUACUAAAACAGUUGAAUUUACAGUUUUAUUGUAUAAUAAAUUAGCUCGGUUUUCUUUAUCAAGUCACAAUAUUAAAACUAUAAUUCAUCCUCAGUUCUGUGUAUGGCUCAGAUCUCAGUAAAAGUCCCCUCUUGGUUAUUUAAUGUACAAAUCAAACUAUGGAUCAGCUGUUCAAGGAUGAAGUGUUACAAAAAUUAGGACUGUAUUAUUUUAAAAGCUGAAUCUUGAGGCUGGAGGUACAGGUUUUUUAUCUGUGCUGGAGGGCAAGAGGGUUGGGUGAUCAGUCUGUGUUAUCUGUAUAUACACUGUUAGGUUUUUACCGUAAUUUAUUUUUUAGUUUUUAAGUUUUGUAAUUAGGUCAGAUGCUUAAUAAAAAUAGGAGUAAAACAGGUUCUAGUAGCUUAAUAUAUGUAUAACAUUUUAUACUUGUUACUUUCUAAGAUUCCUCAAUAAACAUCGAGUUUUAAAGUUUAAAAAGAGUGAAAGUAAAAUUAAGACAUAUGAUAGUGAUUUUAAAUCUAAAAGCAAAAAGGCCAUGGUUAACUAAAGCUCUUUUUAAACUAUUUAUAUAGUAGACACAUGUUUGGACAUUAAGACAUCACAUUAUUUUUUUUGUUAGAUCCAUCAUCAGAAUGGAUCUGGCAAGAAGUACAGAAGGUUAUUAAAUUGUAAAUUGAAGAUGGCUUGAUGCUGAAACGUGUCUAUAAUAUAAAAAAGGGGUGUUUCAAAAGGUUUUAGUAUCUAUUUUGUAUAUUAAUAGGUUCAUAUGUAUUUAAAAAAAUUAUGCUUUGGUUUUAAAGUCAUCUUAAAUUUUGUCAUGUCAAUCAUGUAAUACAUGAGAUUUUGGAUGACUUAUACCAUAAUUUUUUCUUAUUAAUUAAAAUUGAUAAAUGUAAUCAUUUUUAAUUUUUAUUAAUCAGCCCUUCAAUGUAAAGGUUAUAUUAUGAUGUUAUUACAUCACAUCUGAUGCGGUCAACCUGGAAAUUAUAUUUCUGUUGCUUAUUCUCAGGAAAAAAGAUCAAAAGCAUCUGUUACGAAAAUACUAAUGGAUUUACACUUUGUAAUGUAAAGUUUGUUGGAUAAUAUGUUUUAGAUGCAACUUUACUGUGAUAAUCAAAAUAGAAAUUAUACUGCCUAUUAUUUAUUAAUAGAGAAUAAAAUAUAACCUAAAUAACAACUACAAAUUUGAAAUGUCAUCAAAAUGUAUAAAACAAUACACUCUGUCUAUAGUAAAAAUACACAUUUGUAUUCAACUGAAUCCUUAUAUAGCAUGCUUAGUUAAUCAAUAAUUGAAUUAUAGAUAUAAUAACCAACGUUAAAUAGUUUGGAUUAUUGUUAAAAUAUUUUAAAUAUGAUUAUUCAUAAUGAUAACUAGAACAAAUAAUUAUACUCAUUGUUUCCCACAACUAUGAGGAUAUAAUGUAAUUAUUAAAUUUAUGUUGCAAAUGGUUUGACACACAGUUUUGUGAUUUUCUUUUAACUGGUCUUAAGUAAAAUUAUUGUUUUCAUUAAUUUUCUUAUAGCAUUCAAUGUCACAUACCUCAAUAGUCAUUGACCUCAAGUUAGCAAAUUUGCAUCAAACAAUAUUACUGUAUAUAAUAAAUUCCUUAAAUUUUUAAAGUUUUAAUGUCCGUUUAUUUAAGUUUCUAUUUCAAUUAUUUGGUAGUGAAUUCUUAUAAAGGUCGGCAAAUGUGCAAUUCAGAACAAAACGGUUUAAUAGUUAAGUAUACACAUGUAAUAUGUAGUUUAUUCAUAAAAAUUACAAUGUUUAGGGAGGAUUUUGUGAUUUAUUAACCAAAUGAAAUGUAACAAAUAAAGUGUGCUUUUAA